AUGUUUCGCGCCCGUCGCUACCGCAUUCUGCUCGCAUUUGCGGCGGCCUUUGUAUUGACCUUUCUCCAUUUCUCCCGGUCGCGCGACUGGAAUUACACCGUGAUCGAAGACCCCGCCAGGACCCCCUCGUCUGACCCUGUGUACCCAAAUACUCGUCCGAAGACGAAGCCACUUUCUACCCCUGCAGAGGAGAGCAAGUAUUCCCCUCCCCCGCCCGACUACGGCUCCAGCUCGUCCGCCGAGACCUACCCGAUUGUCGGCUCGGAAGAUUCGUCAAAGACCGAUAGCAGUAAGCCAUUGGGAGCUGGUUCGAAUAGCAAUGCGGUCGAGAACGUUCCCAGCAAGAUCAACUCGGAUGAUACCAUAAAGGCCAGUGCCGACGGCGUCGACAAGCAGUCACCUUCGAAACCAGAUGGUGGAUCCACGAGCUCAGGGAGCUCGCUCUUCUCGCAGGUCGAGGAGAUUGAUCAUGGAGGCACAGGCAGAGUCUCGGUCGUGCACCCUGAGAAGGGUGUGUCGAGACAUUGGCAGAAGUUCCCUGAAAAGUUCCCUGUUCCCGCGAGCGAGCUGAUCAAGCUGCCAAAGGAGCGCGCCAAGGCCAUACCCAAGCUGCAGGCAAAGUUCAAGGAUGAAUCGACAAUUGACAAGCAGGAGCGGCUGCAGCAACUGAGCGCCGUCAAGGCGGAGUUCAAGCACGCAUGGGCUGGAUAUAAAAAGAUUGCCAUGGGUCACGACGAGGUCAAGCCUUUGACUGCUGAAAUUGAUGAUCCCUUCAAUGGCUGGGGUGCGACCCUAGUGGAUUCUCUCGAUACCCUCUGGAUCAUGGAGUUGAAGGAUGAAUUCUCCGAGGCUGUAGAUGCCAUCAAGAAGAUUGACUUUACCACCUCAGCCAGAGAGGAUAUACCAAUAUUCGAAACUGUGAUCCGGUACUUGGGAGGUUUGAUUGGUGCUUAUGAUAUCUCAGGCCAAAGAUACUCCGAGCUGUUGGAAAAGGCAGAGGAACUUGCCGAGAUUUUGAUUGGCGCCUUUGAUACUCCCAAUCGCAUGCCGGUUCUAUAUUACCGCUGGACCCCGGACCACGUUGGCCGGCCUCACCGAGCCUCGGCCAAGGCUGCUCUGGCAGAAAUUGGAUCAUUGUCGUUGGAGUUUACCCGUUUAGCGCAAUUGACCAAGGAAGACAAAUACUAUGAUGCGAUUGCUCGUAUCACGAAUGAAUUGGAGCGGCUGCAAGAUAAAACUAAUAUCCCGGGCUUGUGGCCUCUCCACGUCAAUGCGCAAGGCUGUGCUAGGUACACCCCCAGCCGUGACAUUGGUACCCCCACGCGCCAGGAAAGUCGCCGAAAGAUAAACGCUACAUCUUCUACGACCUCUGCCACAACCGCCGAAAAUACAACAGCCACCCGAAAGCCGGUCGCUGUGCCGACUGACCUUGAGAGUUACCUACGGUUGAUUCAGCGUGAUGGCUUCAUCGACUAUCCCCAGUCUGAGCCUGCGGUCUACAGCCACAGCGGAAAUCAAGCAGAAGAUUUCACGACUACAGACAAGUGUAACGGCGGAUUGGAGCUGCCCCUCUCACAGCGCGAUAACAAGUACGGCUUGGGAGCCUUGGCCGAUUCGACAUACGAGUAUCUGCCCAAGGAGCAUUUGCUGUUGGGUGGCGUGAAUGAGCAGUACAAGAAUAUGUAUAAGAAGGCGAUGGACGCUGCCCGCAAGACUCUUCUCUUCCGACCUAUGAUGAAGGGUGAACGCGACCUUCGCUUCAUGGCAUCUACGAGCUCUCUGAAUCCCGAGACUAAGGAGUUACCUCUUCCUACUCAAAUGGUAUACGAAUGGUCCCAUCUACACUGUUUCCUCGGAGGUAUGGUGGCUGUUGGAUCCAAGGCCUUUGGCAUUGAAAGCGACAUGGAAAUUGCUUACAAACUGACUGACGCCUGUGUCUGGGCCUACGAGGCGACAAACACCGGACUUAUGCCGGAAAGAUUCAGAGUUCUGCCCUGCGACAAGGAUAAGUCCUGUGAAUGGGACGAAGUUCGUUAUGAAAAGGAAGCGCAGCGCUCCUCUUCCGUUCUUGAUGCCGAGGCGCAAGCCCGCUUCCGCACUGGCGAGAGUGCAUACGGACAGCGCGUCAAGAUGAACGACGAAAACAAGCCACAGGAUCUUAGCGAGAGUGCCAUGUCUGUUCCUCUUCCCAUGCCAGGUUCCAUGAACCCACAUGACGAGGACCCGUUAUACAAACGUGAUUCCUUUGGAGUCGGGAGAACAGCCCCGAGUCCAUCCCCUCUACCCGGGGCUGUCGCCGACGGUGAAAGUCUUGAGAACCGCGAUGCGCCUCAUCAAUCGCCUCGCCUCCCCCAGUCGCCGGCCUUGUCGCAGGCGGAGGGCAAUGAGCGACACGACCGUACCCCGGUCGGCAUGACGAGCAUUCUGGCACCGGAGUACUUCCUCCGCCCUGAAGCCAUCGAGUCGGUGUUCAUCAUGUUCCGCCUGACGGGCGACAGUUACUGGCGAAUCAAAGGGUGGAAGAUGUUCGAGGCUAUCGCGAAACACACACGUAGCGAGCUUGCGCAUGCGGCAGUCAAGGACGUCACAUCUCAGAAGCCUACCCAGAAAGACACGAUGGAGUCAUUCUGGCUAGCAGAGACACUAAAGUACUUCUACCUGCUCUUCAGUGAUCCUAGCGUGGUGGAUUUGGAUAAAUACGUAUUCGCCCGAUUUCAUGAGUUAUAUCUCCGGUGGGAAAUGGAGCCCGAGGUUUUGGAGCCGGAGCAGUUCUGGAAUGAACUCCAAGAAAUCGUCUCCAAGCCCUGCGAAUCCGAAGAUAGCAUUGACGACGCUCUGCGAGAGUACCUGAGCUUUUCGACCCAGUACAAAGAUGACUUCCUCGGUGCAGACUACGACAUUUCCCGCUGCUCGUAUAAACUAUUCGCGUCAAGCAUUUUCGCUGCACACGCGGAUUAUGUCCGGAGACAGAUUAUCUACGGUCUCUUGCAGGAAGACGAUCCGAAUACUCUCCAUCUGAUUGUGUCGUUUCUUCUCUUCGACGGUCGGCAAAAUGAUUUGGCGCUGCAGAUGAUGAAUGAGGAGGGUGCGUUUGCGCGACUGCUCGAGUUGAUUCAGGCGUUGCGGAAGGAGGAAAUGGACGGCGGGGCGGGUCUCCACCGGCUGUUGAUGGACUUGUUAUACGAGAUGUCCAGGAUACAGCGUGUGAAGAUCGAAGAUUUGGUGCUUGUCGAUGACGAUUUUAUUCGAUGUCUAUUUGACAUUAUCGAGGAUUUGUCCUUCGAUGUCACGGAUCCAUAUCACUACCCUGUGAUCCGAGUUUUGCUGGUAUUGAAUGAACAAUUCAUGAUAUCGGCUCACAACCCGGUGGAUAAAGAUUCUUCUUCAGGUCAAUUGACCAACAAGGUCAUCAAGAUAUUGUCGGCAUACGGAGGCUUGUACAAAACCUUUGGCGAGAAUAUCAUUCUGCUCAUCAACCGUGAAGCGGAAACCUCGUUGCAAUUGCUAACGCUCAAGCUUCUCUACUUAAUUUUCACUACUCCAAGCACCUAUGAAUACUUCUUCACUAAUGAUCUCCACGUGCUGGUGGAUAUUUUGAUACGCAAUCUUCUGGACUUGCCUGAAGAAGCCGCUGCGUUGCGACAUACCUAUUUACGCGUUCUUUAUCCGCUCCUGGCACAUACUCAGCUUCGACAGCCGCCACAUUACAAGAGACAUGAGUUGAGGAGGUUGUUGAACAUUCUCGUCCGGGGCCAGGUCUCAUAUGGCAGCGAAUCCGAACAGGCGAAGAUGCUUCACUUCGAAGAAGUUGAUGACACCACCCGACGCCUUGUUGCUAGAUGUGCAACGGUUGAGUGGUUAAGAGAUCCGGAUCAACCAGAUCAGGCGCCCACUCAGGAUACUCCUACCCAAGCGGUCACUGCUACGAUUGAUACAGUUCUCGACCAGGCCAUUCAGGAGUCUCCUAUAGAUAUCGGAGAAUCACUCCAUGUAACUCGCACCAUGUCGCGUGAUAGCAGUGUCCCAGACUCGCCUGGUACCUCAUCACCUACGAGAAUGGACUCGAUGGACUCUCGAUGCUCUUCAGAGGCGCCAAUAUCACGCCGACUCAGCGCUGUGCAACGGCUCGGCAUGCAUGAGCCGGCAUCUGCAUCUUCUCUCAGCGUUCAAGCUGUUGCGUCAUUGCAUGAAAAGCCUGGAAUCAUUACGCCAAGCCGCAAAGAUGGCCAUGCUGCCAACAGUCUUUCUGGCGAUACACCGAUCAUCCGCCUACCCAAGGUCAAACCUGAGCCUCCCAAAGCUCGACGUUGGCGAGGCCGGCGCAUGGCAGCCGAUGACGAAGAUCAGCAACACUCUGCAGGUACCAGCAGUGACCGCAAUACAAUCCCCGAAGGCGUAGAAGUCAGCCCUACGUCCACGCACACGGCCCCAACACCAAGUCCUACAACUCCCUCAUCUCGUGCGCCUCCCGGGGAACGGCGCAACUCCACCACCACCUCACACCUCGUACCUCCAGUCCCAGCACACUCUCGUCGCUCCGUAUCAAACCCACCCCCGGCUGUCCCUCCUCCCCGGCGCUCAGCCCCAACCACACCUUCAUCCAGCCAUCACCGUGCGAUACCGCCAGCCGGAGCAGGGAAGCACGGACAGAAGCCCCUUCCGCCCAAGACACGGCGCUGGGGCCGCGGCAAGCAGCAUUCGCAGACCGAUUCUAUCGAGAGCGGGACAAGCAGCGGCAGCCUGACUAGAGAGAACGAAGCAGAGGCUGUGGCCAUGAGCACACUACCCCGGACCCAACAAUCGCAAUCCCCAGACGACGGUGCACUCUCCGACCCAUUCUCGCCGACUUCUCCCACAUCGCCAACACUACUAGUGUCUCCAUCUGAGCAGACAGAAGAGGGCAACGCACCGUUGAGCGUGGAAGAGGCAGUGCAGAAUGUAUCCCUCCACUAG